AUGGCUCUCAUGUCAUCUCAUAUUUGGAGUAUUCUUACGAAUCGUAAAUCUUUGUGGGUUGAUUGGGUCCACUCUUAUAGGCUUAAAGGUAAGAGUUUUUGGGAGUGUAGAAUCCCUUCUUCGUGUUGCUGGUCUUGGAGAAAGCUGCUUCACCUUCGGCCGAUUAUUAGGAAGUUUAUAUGGACCGAGAUUGGCAAUGGGUCGACUACUUCUGCUUGGUUUGAUUCGUGGUGUAAGUUAGGGCCUUUAAAUGCUUUUAUUUCGCCUAGAAUCAUUGCUAACGCGGGGUUUGAUAUGGGUUCUAAAGUGUCGGAUAUUUAUUCCUCUAAUUCAUGGAAUUGGCCGAAUGAUUGGAGGGUCUCGUUUCCGGUUCUUAAUCAACUUGAUCAGCUGAUUUUGGUGCCGAAUAAACCGGACAAGCUUAGGUGGCGGCAUGGUGACAAUUUGUUUGAAUUUUCUUCUUCGCGUGCUUGGGAGUCGAUUCGUAUUCAGGCCGGGGAGGUUGAUUGGAGCCGUAUUGUCUGGUUCCCUCAAUGCAUCCCCCGUCAUGCAUUUUUAAUGUGGCUUAUCAUGAGGCAGAAGUUGUUAACUCAGGAUAGAAUCUUGUCAUGGGAUUUUUCGCGUAGGAAGAAUAUGAAUAUGAUGUGCUGUUUGCUUUGUUAUGCCAACCACGACUCGCAUAGCCACCUUUUCUUUGAAUGCAAAUACUCAUCUCAGGUGUGGCAUAAAGUUAGGCAGAAAGUUGGUAUGGUCGCGGUUCAACCUAUAUGGAACGACAUUACUAACUGGUUGAUUGAGCAUUCUAAACCAAAUACGGCUGUUGGGUUCGUUGCUAGAUUGGUUGUGGCGGCUUCUGCUUAUUUUAUUUGGCAGGAGCGUAAUUCGAGGUUAUUCAAGAACCAAUUGCGGCCUCCGGAGACUUUAAGUGAAAUUGUUCUUCAACAGGUUCGGUACAAGUUGAUGGGAGCGAAGCUGAAGAAUUGUGUUAAUGUCCGAAGGCUUCUUGAGGAAUGGGGUAUUGAGGGCUCAGGUGUUUUGGCGAUGGCAGCUGGUUAA